AUGGCGUCCAAUACUAAGCUCUUCAUCUUCCUCAUCUCCAUUUUCAUCUGCAUUUCACAGACCACCGCGGCAAACUCUUUGUUCCGUUCAACAUCAGACUCUCGUCGUCACCUUCUCCUAACUCCAUCACCAUCUCAAUCUCCAUCUCCGUUAGCCGUCAUCCUCUACAAUCUCGGUUUCCAAGAUCUGGCCAACGCAUCUCUGAACGCCAACAUCUCCACCAUUAAUUUCCCACUUACCAUUUUCGCCCCUACUGAUUCUUCCCUCCUCACUUGCCCUUCUGUUCCCUUCCCUUGCUUCUUCAAGAACACUCUGUUCUUGAUUGAAACUUUAGCCCCAACCCGCUGUCUUACUAUAACCCCAUCUCGUAUUAACAACUCCUCGAGGUCUGUUUUCGUAAACGGGGUUGAAAUUACAAAACCGGACAUUUACAACAAUGGGUUCGUCAUUGUUCAUGGUAUACAGGGGUAUAUCGCUCAUCUUUCUCCAAUUUCAUGCAGAAUUGAGAGCAUGACUACUUUAUCAUUUCCGUUUAUUCCACCGCCCACGGCGGCGUUUGCUGCCACGCGCUUGAUGUUAAAAGAUGUUAUGGCAAGUCUGCGUACUGGUGGUUAUAGUAUAGUGGCACUUGCUAUGAGAGUUAAGUACCCUGAGUUAGCUGAUUUGAAAUCCAUGACUGUUUUUGCAAUUGAUGAUUUGUCAAUCUUUGAUGGUGGGAAUGGGCAUGAGUAUGUGGCAAAUCUUGGGUUUCAUAUUGUGCCUAAUAGGCUGUUAAUGGCCUCUGAGUUGGUAAGAUUGCCUCAUGAUACAGAGCUGCUGACAAUGGAUAGGGGGGAGAAAUUGGUUGUGACUACUGAGGGUGGCAAUGGUCCUUUGGUUCCAAUGAGGAUUAAUUACGUUAAAGUCAAGAAUUUGGAUCUAGUUUACAAUAACAGGAUUGUGGUUCAUGGACUUUCAACGCCAUUCCCACGUAUUCGUCGUCAUCAAAAUGAUGGUACACAGGAAUUUCAAGAGAUGAUGAUGGGGACUGUGCAAUAA